UGUUAACUUUCCUAUUUUGUGUUUAAUCGAUUAUAGGCAAGGCAAGGCAACUUUAUUUACAUAGCACUUUUCAUACACAAGGCAGACUCAAAGUGCUUCACAUAUAAACAUUGUCAUACAAUAAAAUAAUAGAAAAGAAAACAUAUACAAGAAUUGAGUAAAUUAGAAAAUAAAGGCAAAGUUAAAAAAGCAUUUUAGAAAGAAAAAUGGAAAAUAAAGGCAAAGUUAAAAAGGCAUUUUAAAGCAUUUUUUUGAAAGUGCAAUGUAUUUAAGAUUUAGCAGAAAGCUAAAGCAAACAUAAAAAGUCUUCAGUCUUGUUUUAAAAGUCGUCAGUUGGGGCAAGUCUUAAAUCCUCAGGGAGUUUAUUCCAGCUAUUUGUUGCAUAGUAACUAAAUCCUGCUUUCCCAUGUUUCGUGUUUACUCUGGGGAUAAUUAACAGAUUGGUCUCAGAAGAUCUUAGUGGUCUAGAAGGCUUAUGUAGUUGAAUCAUAUCAGUUAAAUAUGUUGGCCCUAUAUCAUGUAGGGAUUUAUAGGUUAGCAACAUGAUUUUAAAAACAAUUCUCUGACCUACAGGAAGCCAAUGUAGCGAUUUAAGAAUUGGUGUAAUAUGUUCAAAUUUGUUGGUGUUUGUUAGAACUCUAGCAGCAGCAUUCUGAACAAGCUGAAGUUUCCUUAGAGUUUUUUUUGGGAGACCUGUAAGGAGACCAUUGCAGUAAUCAAGCUUACUAGGGAUAAAGGCAUGUACAAGUUUUUGUAAGUCUUCGGUGGACAUGAGACGGAUGGGGGAGUGGUAUUUGCCGACGGAGCCAAGAUCUGAUGGCUGACGGAUCCGUUGCAGCCUGAAAAGUGCUUCUGACAGUGGCAUAGUGGAAGGUACUGAGUCCAAGCCGCACUCCAGACCAUACAUGGUAUCGUUGCAGCAGAAGAAAGGACAACAUCACUGUGGGGGAGCACUUGUCCGGAAGGACUUUGUGCUCACCUCAGCACAUUGCAACAACAGCAAAUUGGGUCUGACUGCUGUGCUCGGAGCCCACAACAUUAAAAAGGAGGAGAAAAGUCAACAAAGGAUCCAAGUGGCUAGGUACCACAUGCAUCCAAAUUACAAGGAUGGACUCAAUGGCUUCGACGUCAUGCUUCUCAAGUUAAAGACGAACAGCAUACUGAAUAAGUAUGUUAAGCCCAUUGGACUACCCAAAAAAGAUAAGAGAAUCCUUGCCAACAUCAAGUGCUCUGUAGCUGGCUGGGGCAUGCGUUUCCCCAGUACAGCAGCCUCGGAUGUCCUGAGGGAGUCCGCAGUGAAGACGCGAUUCGUCCAUGAGUGCAAGAAUAUUUGGCUUGAUUCCUUCAACUCCAGCCAAAUGAUAUGCACCCAUUCUUUAGGCAAGAAGGGGGGAAUCUGUCAGGGUGAUUCCGGUGGCCCAUUGAUAUGCGGCAGAGAUGCUCAGGGCAUAGCUGCUUACACUUUGCUGGAUAAAUGUGACAACCCCAAGUAUCCACAUGUCUUCAUGAAGAUCCCAUCCUUUGUGCAGUGGAUUAAGGAGGUGAUGAAAAAGAGGGAAUAGGUCACCCACCUUAACCUUUUGAGAAAUUUCCCAGCAUUUAUUUUUGUUUCUGUAAUUAUUAUAGUGGGAAAAUUCAAUUGUUCAUUGACUUUCUUUUAAUUGUACCACUUUUACUGAAUUGUGUGGAUUUGAUGACCCCAAGUAUCCACGUUUCUUUGAGUAACAGCUACUUUAUACCCUGUAUUAAGGAUUUGAACAUGCAUAAAAGGCACUAGGUUACCCAUAGAAAGAGCAGUACAGUUUAACUGGACAGCCUAAAAUGGCCACUAGGCUACUGAUUGGUCUACAUUGACAACAAGCUACUGUGACUAGGAAGGACCUCACCUGGCUACUUCAUGGUCUCUGAGGCCUUUGUGAUCUCUGUGUGGAAACUCUUUCAGAAGGUGCAUAUUAGGUUGAUUAUAUAUGAGGCCAAAUAAAAACAAUACAAAUUGAGUCAUUCUACAAUUGUAAUAAAAACACAAUCAAAUAAGACAA